AUGUCCUUGCAACAAUCAAUUCAUUCGACCAUACGAAUUGAACUCGCGUUCCAAGUGGAAACUACAAAACCACGGAUUGUUUCAAGGAGGAUAUCCAAAAUCCCUCCUAUUAACAAACGCUCGACGGCCAGCAACAUUUCAUUUGCGACGGGAGGCGUGUAUAACGAAUCGAAGCCAUGCAAUCGUCAGCUGCAUCUGUCAUCUGUUUCUCGUGGCGUGAGAUUGCAGCCACUGGAGGAAGAAUCUUCAAAACUGGACACAGUUCCUUUAUUGAGUCCGACCAUGGAGUCAGAGUUAUUAAAAGAGCCAUGGGUAUUUCCACAGUCCAAGGUGAAUCAAAUAAAAGAAGAGGAGAAGGCAGCAUCCUCCAUCUGGGAGGAAAACUUUCAGGAUCUAAGCGAUUGGUGCAUGGACAAGUUCCAGGGUCAUUGCGAUUUUCAUAUCGGUGAAUCGCCUAUUUUUAGGGUAUCAGGUACAAAAUACGAGGGUAAUAGUGCUUUGUCUUCAGCAGAGAAGGGGGUACUGCAAGAGUUAAUGAGUGUAGCGGAUAAGGAGAGGUGGAACGUAAAAAUGAAUAGUGCUGGGACAACCGAAUAUUCACACACCAAUUACAGCUUGCAAUGUACAUCGAAAAUAAGUAGCAGAAGCCCGAGAGAAGAUAGUACCGUUCUAUCGAACACAUCCAACACAUCCAACACGCGGUUAAAACUAUCAGACGGAGAAACGUCCAGCACAAGUACAAGUACAUGGAACAAGCAGAACACUACGGACGUUGGUAUACCACUUCAGUCCAGAUAUAAAAUAGAGAGCAUAGAUUUGGAUGAUUGUCUGACUUCUUUCGAUUCCACUAAUAAUCAACGCGAAACUUGGGACGUUUUACGCACAGUUGAAACUACUGGGUCGGAUACAUUUGACUUGCUGUCAUACCUUUGUGAUGAUGAAAUGCGUUCACCAGAAGGCAGUAUUUCAACAGAUUCGUCAGUCGUGUCGAAACCAUGGUCACCCGCUAAGUCUAUAGUUAGUCCGCAAUCUUGCGGGAAGGUGAAGUCAGAAGAAACUAAAUCACCGCCCAUCGAGGAAUACAUGCAAAGUCGAGCAGCAUCAACUGUAACUUCAUCUGCUAUAGAAAAACCCAUAGCAUGUUCACGAAAAUCGGAGAGGAUCAGAACAGCGGCGAACAAAGUGGAUAAGGCCUAUAAUAGGAUAAUGAGGCGCGAGAAACAGGCAAGAAAACGUUUCAUUGAAACCGAUUUGGAGGAUCGAACAUUCGCUUUACAUUACCGUGAGUCCCGAGAAAAGAACAACGAAGCUUCGAGGAAGUCGCGUAUGAACAAAAAGGCGAAAGAAUCGGAGAUUACUGUGAAAGCGGUCGAAUUGGAACGAGACAAUAGGAUAUUGAAAAUGAAAGUCGAGGAACUUGAGAAACUCGUGACAUCGAUGCGCAGUGCGUUACUAAGAUCUGCUUUGAAGAAAGAGUUUUAAUCGUUUCUUCAGAUCGUUUUAAUUGUUGUUCGUUGUUCGUCACACAUGUCGCGUGAAUAACUUCGUUUUACGUCGCUUUUCGUUUUAUUCUCUUUUGUUUUAAGUGUUAACGUUUUCUGAUGCGAAACAGAAGAGCCAAUAUUUCCGAAGCAUUAGUUCUUGAUAUUUUGAGGAGUAUCACAAUUAAUGCCAGAAUUAUUUACUUAACGUUAU